AUGAAAUGGCAUACAAGGUUGUCGGUGUUACUACUAUUGCUCAUAAGAAUAGUGAUAGUCGAAUGUCUAACUAAUAAUGAAAGCAAUGAUCCAAACGAUGAUUUAUUUUGUGCUGUAUUGAACCCACAAACGGGUCAAUACAUAGACCUUUCUCAUUUAUCAUCAACUCCUAAUGAAGUGAUGGACCCCAAAAAGAAACGCCAGGAGUCUUCAAAGACCAAAUGGUUAGUUAAGGGAUGGGGUGAUGAUAAAGACAAGAAUUUUACAUUAAGUAUUUGUUCUAGCCCGAUAAAUGAUGAUAAAUCAAAGAAUAAACCUCCUUCGAUGGGUCAGUUAACAAAUAAGACAGGUGCAUAUUAUACAGAACGGAUAAAGAGUCAUAAGUCAGGAGAUAAAGAUGAUACAUAUAUGGAAAUUUUUAACUCUAUUGGAGACUUUAGUGUUAAACCUCAAUUGUAUAAUAGUAACAAUAGAAAAUUAAUAUUAAAAUAUGAGAAUGGGAGUUAUUGUCCCGACGGUCACUACAAGAAAUCUUCAUUAUUAAAUUUUGUAUGUGAUCGAGAGAUUACUACAAAAGCACAAAUCAGUUAUAUUGGUAAUUUAAAUGAUUGUGCAUAUUUUUUUGAAGUAAGAAGUGUUUAUGCAUGUCCAACAUCAAAUAAAACCAAUGAAAUCAAUGUUUUAGGGAUAUUCAUAGGGAUCAUUAUUGUAUUUAUUUUAGUACAAUAUUUAAGACGUAGUAUGCAAAGAAGAAUUACGUUAAAGGAUAAUACUCAUAAUUCUUUAGAUAGAGACAAUAGUGUUAUUAGAGACAAUAGUUAUUUUAGAGGUACAACAACAGAAAGAUCAUCUUCAGAAAUUGCGUUAAAUCAACCUAAUUGGGAAUUUUUUGAUAAUCGAUCUGUAUUAACAAAAUUCUUAAAUAUAGUACAACAAGGUGUACGAACAUUAGUAUCACCAAUUGCACAAGCAUUAGGUAACAAUAGAAGAUAUACUUCAAGAAAUGGCCGAGAUAAUUCUAAUGGGAAUUCAAGACCAAUAAGAUUAUACUCUUCACCAUUUGCUAGUAAUAGUCAAACAUCAUUUUUGAGGGAUAUGGAAAUACAAAACAAUAUAUUAGAUAGUUUAGAAGUAACUAGUGAAACUACUACGACCACCAAUGGAAAUAGUAUCGACGGUAUUAGUUCUACUGCAGAUAAUAAUGAUGAUUCGAAUAAUGACGAUAUAGACAAUAUGGCGUAG